CUCUGAGAGGAAGUGACGUUUGGGUUCCGGCUUGUGAGGAUUUAAGUGUCUGUAGCGUAAAAAGGUGUGACCUGAACCAAACCUAAACAUUAUUGUUACAUAUAACACGGUUAUUUAGAGGCAAGUAGUACGUGAAACCAGAACAACUCAAGCCACACGUCAUUCCAACCAUCGCGAGAGUUUACGUGAAGCACACGACAAACUCCAUGUCAGUUGCCGUUUACAUUCAAGCUAACUCCCUGGCUGUUCCUAAAGGACCACGAGUCCCUGACAGCUGACAUAAGGAGAAAGCAGAGCAGAUCUUCAGGAAAUGAAAUCCAGUGCCUGGUCUUCGGCUCAAGGUGGCAGCAGUUAAUCUAAAACAGCUGAAGUGACAUCAUCAUGAGGAGGAGGCGGGUGGUGCAGUCUGACCUCUGAUCUCCGUCCAUCUGUAUGGAGGAUGUGGUUCUGCACUACCAGGCUGGAUCAGCUGCUGGGCUCAGCUCUCUGUUGGAGAGGACAGAGAAGCUUCUGGAGUCUUUCCCCUGCCGGACUCCCCCGCCCUUCACCCCCUGGUUCCCCACUGCUGCAGACCUCCAUCUGCCCAUUAGACCUGCCAGAGCAGCUCCCGUCAUCACCUGCUCAGGGGAUUUCCUCUGUGAGAUCAGGCCACUCACUCACACAGCACUGACCAAACCACAGAAUCCUGAGGUUGAUGGACUUGUUGCUGAAAGACCUCGUGAUUGUCUUCAUGCAGAAAUGACACAACCACCACACGAAAAUCCACGAAAACUCAAAGCUGACUUCUCAGAAACCCCAAAGCAUCUCCUCGCAGUCUCGCUCUUUAACCACCCAGAGAGAGACGUCCGCAGACUGUCCCCUGAAAAAGACAAAGAUGGCUUCCCUGUCACAGACUCGCCGGUCAAACGGUCCUGGAGCAUCUUUACACAGAAACGAGUUGUGCUGCAGAGCUCCCAGUCCAUGUCCAAGCAGUUUCACCACCUGGUGUCCACCCACAGCCUCCACCUCCGCCAGAGGGCCAAGUGGGUGAUCAGUCAGCACAACUGUGGGGCAGCGCGGGACAUCGAACAGGUGUGGCGGGCUGUGAGCCGGGCCGUCCGGAGCUCCAGGUUACCGACGUGUAACGCCAACAUCCAGAGGGAGCGGGCGGAGGUCUGGGUGUUCUGCGACGUCCUCCACUGCGAGCAGGUGGGACGCCUCCUGAAAGACGAGCUGCAGCUGUCGGGGAGGAUCAGCCUGUCGGUCGUCAGACUGGGAAACAUCUUCAGCAUGUAGAAGAUCUGCAGCUGGAAACAGUGUGCGUGAUCUCAGGUUUUCAAACAUGUCUGCAGGCCCUGAUUGUCCAUAAGGAGCAAACAUCAACCCCACAGGAGGAAUCCCGGUCGUGUUCUGCUCCCAGGCCACUGUUUAGUUAAAGACCAGCUUCAGAAACCAGGAUACUCCAAAACCUGACCAGAACCAGAUACCACUGCGCGUGUAAACACACUAAAUGUGGAAGUUAGGGAGUGAAUGAAUGUGUGUGUGGACUUUUUGUAAUCACGUGAUGAAACAUUUUAACAGAAAUUCAGCAAACAGAAUUCAUAAGCUGAUUCUGAUUCUGAAAAAGCUGUAAACAGAGUGUACAUUUUCUAAAUAGUCUGUGAUUUUUACUUCAUUCAUAUUUUAUACAAAUCAUUAAUGAACCGAUGGAACCAUCAAACAGAUAUAUAUUUUUUCAGGCUGUAAUGUAUAUUUAUGAAUUUAAGAGCAAGUGGUUGUGUGCGCCUUGAAGAUUUUGUCAUCAGACUGUGGUGUAAAUAAAGGUUGUAAUAUUUUUAA